AAGUCUUUCUUUGUCUUUUGUCGUCAAACAAACCCCACAAGAACAUAAACCCUAGAACUUUGAAUCUUCUUCUACUCGAAAUGCAGUUUCUUGCGAGGUCACUAUCGAAAUCGAUAAGACCUUCGUUGAUAUCAACUGCUACUAGACAAUCGUGGGUUCUUUCUCAGCGAUGUCACUCAACUUUUUCUACGGGAAGUAGUAGCCGUACUCGCGGAGCUGAGUGGCCGAGACCGGCGGAGGUACCUUACCAACCCAAAAUCGCGAAUUCUAUUGAUUUGAUUGGGUACGUUCAUCAGCCAGUUCAGUGCGACUCUACAACCGAUGGAAAGUUCUGGGCUGGAACAGUCAUUUCCCAUCAACCUUCUUCUGAUUCCAAAUCCGAUUCUGAUUCAUCUACUAAUUUCUGGAUUCCGUUACUGUUUGAAGGGGAUUUAGCUCAUACUGCUAACUCUUAUUUGAAGAAAAACGAUCGGGUUCAUAUUACAGGACAGAUAUUAGGAGAUGUGAUUCAAUCUGGAGCCAAUUCUGAGCAAGCCUAUGUUCAGAUGUUUAAAAGUUUCCAUGGUAGCUUUUCACAUCAAGUAAUGGUUCGUGAUCUCCACUACAUUGAAGGUUCUAAACCUUUACCAAAAGCUUUGCCAACGUUGGACCAAAAUGAAGGUGUGCUUAAGCAUUCUGCUAGCGUUAAAAAAGUAAGAGAAUUUGGAAGUAAUCGUUGGACUGAUCUUGUUGAUUAUCCGAAUGAAUGGUUUGAUUACCGAGAAAGCAAACAGAAUGGAUCGGUACAUCCUAAACACCCUGAUUUCAAGAAGAGAGACGGGAGUGAAGCGCUUUGGCUUGACAGAGCUCCCAAAGAGAUUUUGUCCGAGCUCCAAGACGUGAAGUUUGAUAUUCCAAAUUACUUGAAACAACCAAAGGCCGGAGAGGAAUCAUGGAAGGACUUGGUGGGAAACAUGAGUAAUUGGUGGGACAAUAGAUUGAACAAGAGAAACCCAAAAGCUCCGGAUUUUAAGCACAAAGAAACCGGUGUAGGUCUCUGGCUGAAUGAUUCUCCGAGCUGGGUGUUAGAAAGACUGCCUCCUCCAAAGAGCACAUGAAGUGACAACAUCUACGGAGAACUAGAGAUGUUUUGACCAAUGUUCAUGUUGCGUCUUUCUAUUUUUUUUUUGGCUUCUAUGGAUAGUUGAAUUGUUGGUCAUAGGCGUUUCAUCUUAUGUGCAUAUAUUAGUAGAACAUAGAGAUUCUGUCUUCAAGCAGAAAGAAACAGAGAUGUUCUAGUUCUCCUCGGCUCAUUUAUUUAAUGAAGUUAUGGGCCUUAGUCCAA